AUGGCGUCCUCCAUGGCUCAGAUAGUUUCGUUUCGGAGUCCAUUAUCUGGUUUUAUGAAUGAAAAUUUAGAAGUUGUGAAAGCGCGAGGAUCUAGUGACAGUGGAAAAGGCAGUAGUGAUAUUCAGACUAAUGACCAUACACAUUUGCAUCUUCCUUUUACUGAAGAUGGGCUGUCUGUGUAUGAGUUUGAAAUACCUCAAGAAUAUUGUGGGCGUUUAAUUGGGAGGCAAGGAAAGAGUGUCAAUUAUAUAAAAAAUCAUUCUAAAGCAAAUGUUUUUAUAAAGAAGCAUCCGGUAAAUCCAAAUAUGAAAUUAUGCACAAUUGAAGGAAAUGCAAUAGAAAUUGCUACAGCUUUAGAAUAUAUUAGACGACGAUUCCCUCCAGUAGAUUAUUCAGAUUUAACAUUAACACAAUUUAAUACAUCUAAUGGUCCUGUUGGUGCACCACCUAUUCCUGAAACUGUACAGCUAUCCUGGCUGAAUCAAUCCUGCCUUCUCUUCCAGAAGAAGCUUCUUCCAUUUCAUAGUCAAUUCCAAAAUGCCUCCGUAUAUCAUCAUCAUAUUACUGAAAUUCAGUUACGUUUACCAGAAGGUAUUUCAUGUGAUGUAAUAAUGUCAAGCAUGGUUACAGCUGGUCAUUUCUUUGUUCAGCAACCAACACAUGUAACUUAUCCAAACUUAAGUAGAUUAGAUAGUUUUAUGGUGACUUGUUACACUCAGUUAGAUACACCACAGCUUCCUCGACCAGUAGAAGCUGGUGUUAUAUGUGCUGCACCUGUAAUGUCUGGGUGGUAUAGAGCACAGGUUGUAUACGUCUGUGAAGGCAUGGAAGAAUGCGAUGUUAAAUUUGUUGAUUAUGGUGGUUAUUCUAGAGUGCCUAUAUCCACUCUUCGUCAGAUUAGAAGUGAUUUUAUGACCCUCCCAUUCCAAGCAGUAGAAUGUUACUUAGCCAAUGUCCAGCCAUGUGAAGAAGGAGGAGUUUGGUCCAUAGAAUCUUGUGCAACAUUUGAAGAAUUAGCACAAGGACAAAUUUUGCAAGCUCAUGUAGUAUGUUAUGCAGAUGAUAAUAUUCCUUAUGUUCGACUUUUUAAAGUCCAAGGAAUGUCGACUAUAUUCAUAAAUGAGGAAUUAGUUAGUAGAGGAGUUGCACAGUGGAUAGAACAUAGUUAAGUUGAGUUGAUCUCAGUUCUCCCUCCCUAAUGUCACGUGCUACGGAUAUUCUUCCAUCAAAUUAUUGCCAUGCCUUUAUAUACAUAGGUAAUCAAGUGAUUGGUUUUUUUCUUUGUGUUAAAAAACAUUAAAGUUUGAAAAUGCAUCAUACAUGUAUUUUGUGUACACAGAAAACAAGAGAAAAAGUUUUUCAAAAAACUACUACUAAAAAUAACAAUUAUAAAAGCAUUCUUAUAUAAUUUUUUUCCUUUGUAUAAAAAUUUUAUUCGAUGAAAUUUCUACGGUAAAAAUCAUUGUUUGAAUCACAUUAAAUUUUUAAGAAAAUUGUUCUGAAAUUUUGUUUGGUCUAAUUGUUCAUCAAUGCCAAUUACUACAGUUUUGGAAAUGAAGUUGAGUAUUUCUUUCGAAUAUCUGAUCCAUGUUAAAUGAGGUGUCUGUUUUUAAAAGCCUGUGUCAAAUUAAAAAUAUAUAUUUCCUUCAUACAGUCGUCUGUGUAUGAAAUUGUUUCAAUGUAUAAAAAAAAACCAGUAUAUUAUUAUGGUGUCAUCUCUCAAAUAUUGCUGUCUGAUGUUUUGUCAAACUAUCAAAUUUAUAUUUUCAUAUUCCUCAAAGAAAAUUUAUAUACAGUUAUACAUAUAUAUAUAUUAUAUUUAAAAAAAAGCAAAAGGAAAUGAUUCUAAGAAAAUUA